AAGCCGAGUGAACUGCCAGUCAAAGUGACGUCAGUCUCGUCGGAGUCGCGCUGAGGCGAAGUGCUGGUGCGCGCUCGGAGACCCCCGUUAACUGCGCGCACACGCAGUGUCACCAUGAGCAGCAGUAUAUGGGGUGGAUCUUAAAUCAUAACUGCAAGAUGAACAUACGGCACAUCUUUCUGAGCGCAGCAUCAUAGCCUUCCCUCGCGAUCCUGAAGCCUUCACGCUGCACGAGACACUCCGGCUCGGCCACACUGCCUGCUGCUGCCCGGCGGGUAGGCGGAGGCUGGAAGGGGGAACACAUCUAUUUUCUGCUAAUAAUAAUAAGCAACAAAAUGAAGCGGAGAAAGAUGCUGGUAGCGGCGGGCUUCUGUCUCUCGUUCCUCAUGGGCACGCUGAUGAAUGUAUUGUUCAUUCCGGGAUUCGAGCACCACGGCGAGCGCGUGCAUCGCCACCACCAGCACGAGAAACAGCAGCAGCCGCAGCCCGACGCGGACUCUCCUGCCCGGCUUCAAAUCGAGGAGCUGACACCCUCCGCCGGGCGACUCCCGGAGCUCCAGCGGCAAAUACGCGAGCGAUUAGAUGAGGUUCUGCGGUACCGCCAGAGACGCGCGCACUGGGUCGGCACCGGAGCGCUCGAGCGCAGGCGGCUCAUGGACCUGGAGCAACGCGGAGAGUUGGAAUCAUACAAAGGAAUCGAGAAAAACAAUAAUUACGAUCAGUCCCGAGCUGUAUCCAUAGCAACAAAAUCGGUGCUCGGCUGCGGCAGUAUUGAUAACGUGACCAAUGUCCAGUAUCUGGGCUCGGGAUACACGAAGGCGGUGUAUAAGGCGGCUCUGAACAGCAGCUUCUCCGUCGCGUUGAAAUCCGUCGAUUUCGGGGGUCACGAUAUGGAGAAUUGUGUGAAGAAAUACGCGUCGUCGACAGACUGUUACAAACUCGCAUCCUUCAAAAUUGUCAAGGAAAUGACGCUGAUGGAGAGAUUGCAGCACCCUAAUAUUCUCAAGCUGUACGGAUACUGCUACCAGGACAGCAACGAUAUAAAGGACACGGUGACGGCCAUCACGGAGCUGGGAAGCCCUCUGGAGAUGAUCACGCUGCUGCAGACGCCCUGGGACGAGAGAUUCAGGAUCUGUUUGAGUCUGAUGAGGCUGCUGCAUUAUCUGUCCCACUCCCCGCUCGGGUCCGUCACCCUGCUGGACUUCAGGCCACGACAGUUCGUUCUGGUGGGGGGAGUGCUGAAAGUGACCGACCUGGACGACGCCAGUGUUGAGGAGACGCCUUGCUCCCCGUCUUCUCCUUUAGACUGUCUCAUGGAGUUCCCCGCACGCAACUUCACCCUCCCCUGCCACAAGGGCCGCUGUCAGGGUAUCAACGAAAAGAGGAACCUCUACAAUGCUUACAGAUUUUUCUUCACCUACUUGUUACCUCACAGUGCCCCCUCAGCACUGAGACCCCUUCUGGACAAAAUCGUCAACUCUACAGGAGAGCUGAUAUGGGGCACCGACGAGACUCUGGUUCACUUUGAAAAAGUGCUGGAUAUCUACAGGAACGGACAUUACCUCAAGAAUAACACGCAGACACACAAAACAGAGUAUAAGCGUGUGUUAGACGCCUCGAUAGCAGCGGAGAACUACCGCUGCUGGCCGUCCUAUCAGCACGACGGAUGCCUGCUGUCAGUCUUCAGCGUUCAUGAAGCUGUCGACGUGUGUGAGAGCCACGUCCAGUGCCGGGCCUUCGUCUUGACCAACCAGAGCACGUGGACAGGUCAUCAGCUCGUGCUCUUCAAAACCGGAGCAUCCAGCCUGAGCGCGGCUCCAGGGAGACUCUCGUACAUACGCCUGGGAGCCGCCGAGAGCUGAGA